GUGCUGUACACUGAUUGGCCAGCGCUGUUCAGGCGGAACGAUGAGUCGCCUUUCUUGUUUCCGGGGGACGGGUGCAGCGACGGACCUUCCCCCAAUCACAGGCAGAAGUUCGGAUGGAUCCUCCGGCUGGAAUCGCACAGCGUCUUCCCUAACAGAGGAAAUGGUUCUGCUUUUAAGACCUGGCACUGCAAGCCUUCGGAUCUGCUGUGCGUUCCGCUGAUAAGUGGGGCGAUGGCUGCUGGGUGUCGCCUCUUAUUACGCCGGCUCGGCCUCUGCUACCGCCGCACGCUUUUCUGCUCUCUUUACACCGGCGUUUCAAGCCCUCCCCAGUCCUGGGCACCGGUCUUUUAUAAGGCUCCAAAAUACGGCAAUAGAACUGCUUUGGUGGACCAACAUGGGCAGCACAGUUACCAGGAUCUGUACCGCAGGAGCUGUGCCCUGUCCAGACAGAUAACUUCUUUGUUGGGCGAUCCGCGCAACGACGCCCGCCCCGAACGAGUCUCUUUCCUUUGCCCCAAUGACUCCUCCUAUGUGGUGAGCCAGUGGGCAGCUUGGAUGAGUGGCGCCAUUGCUGUCCCCCUGUAUAAGAAUCACCCGCCCUCUGAGCUGGAGUACAUCUUGCAGGAUUCCCAGAGCGCUCUGGUGCUGGCAGAGAACACCUAUACGGAUGUUAUGGCGCCUCUGGCUGAGAAGCUGGGCAUCGCAAGACUUACCGUGCCGGAUAGACAGUCAGGCGAGGUCAUGGAGGAGAACGCACCUGAGUUUGGCCUGGACUGGAACGAGAGGGGAGCCAUGAUUGUAUACACCAGCGGGACCACAGGAAGACCGAAGGGGGUGCUCAGCACUCACCACAAUCUGAGCGCCAUGGUAACGGCUCUGAUAAAGGAGUGGGCGUGGAAUAGAACCGAUCGCAUCCUGCACGUGCUGCCCCUUCACCAUGUUCACGGCGUGGUCAACAAGCUGCUUUGUCCCCUGUGGGUCGGCGCCACGUGUGUCAUGCUCCCCGCGUUCUGCCCGCAAAAGGUAUGGGAACACUUUCUCAGCACAGAAGUUCCCUCCAUCAACGUCUUCAUGGCUGUUCCCACCAUCUACAGUAAACUGAUCGAAUACUACGAUUGCCAUUUCACUCAGCCGCACGUUAAAGACUUCAUACGAGCCGUCUGCCGGGAGAAGAUCAGGUUAAUGGUGUCGGGUUCCUCGGCUCUGCCUGCGCCGGUUCUGGAACGAUGGCGGGAGAUCACAGGUCACACACUUCUGGAGAGAUACGGAAUGACAGAAAUUGGCAUGGCUUUAACCAACCCACUAAAUGGACCGAGGGUGCCAGGAUCGGUGGGCAAUCCCUUGCCUGGCGUAACAGUCCGUAUCGCUACUGAGGUGCCUCAAAACCACGGCAUGUCCUACACCGUCCUUGCUGAAGGAAACGUCGGUGGAACGAAGGUCUCUUCGGGAUUUCAGGACCGAGAAGGGGAACUGCAGGUCCGCGGGCCGGCGGUGUUCAAAGAAUACUGGAAUAAGGAGCAGGAGACGAGGGAGGCGUUUACUCCCGACGGCUGGUUCAAAACAGGGGACACCGCGGUGUAUAAAAACGGAUCGUACUGGAUCCUCGGCCGAACUUCCGUAGACAUCAUAAAGAGCGGAGGGUACAAAAUAAGCGCUUUGGAAGUAGAGCGCCACCUUUUGGCCCAUCCAAGCAUUACAGAUGUGGCUGUCAUUGGAGCACCUGAUGCUGUCUGGGGUCAGCGAGUGUCCGCCGUUGUGAAACUUCGGGACGGACAUACUCUUUCCUUGAAUGAACUGAAGCACUGGGCAAGGGCAUUCAUGGCCCCGUACUGCAUUCCUGCUGAGCUCAUCCGGGUGGAAGAAAUUCCCCGAAACCAGAUGGGAAAAAUCAAUAAAAAGCAACUGCUGUCUCUGUUCUAUCUCAAGCCAGGAGGGGGGAAUCAGACUAUACCUGCCUGAACACUACGCGCU